AACGGAAACAUCACAUAUGGUGUUCAUAAACGGUACCCACAACGACACGGCGAUGUGACAAUGGCUGUUGCGAGAACUGGAUAUUUGUUGCUGUGGAUACUCCAGACCGGAGGAUUACUACUGUUUUGGAGCGGCGUUGGCGCAGCAACAUCGUGCGUGAAUCCAAAAUUAGUCAACUGUGUUCGCGGCUCAUGCAAAAGAACUACGGACGGGGGGACCGUGUGCGCUGAAGGCUGUGUUGACGGGUUCUACGGGAUGAGUUGCAGAAUCCCAUGUCCUGAAGACUGCCUAGCAUGCCAGCGCACAAGCGGAAGUUGCACAAAAUGUUCAAAUGGUCUUUAUGGAGAACACUGUGACGUUGCAUGUGAGCAUAUGUGUCGUGGAUUUCGGUGCUUCAACAAUGGAACGUGCUCGGAUACCGCAUGUAAUGAUGGAUGGUUUGGUCAGCGUUGUGAAUGUAACGUAAGUUACAGUGAUCUGUCAGGGGUCACAGACAGGAAUUGUCUACGUCACUCGUGGGGGACAUGCUGCAACAGGACUUGUCCAAGCAAGUGUAAGGACGACAGAAGUCUUCGCAUGUGUAACUUGACGACGGGUCACUGCAUUGCUGGUUGCAAGAAUGGCUGGGUUGGAAAGAUAUGCAAUACGACAUGUAACGAGAGCAGCUGUAAGCACACGCCCACCUCUACAGUUAUAGUGGAAGUCAAAAGGACGUUCUCUUCGUGUUUACCGAACGAAUGGGGAGAAUCUUGUAGCAACACCUGCCCUGAAGGAUGCACCAAAAUAGACACUGCACGUGGAUGUGAUGUAAAAACAGGUGUCUGCAUUAAUGGUUGCAUGGUCGGUAAGUAUGGACCAACAUGUGACAUGAAAUGCCCUGCGAAUUGUGCGAACGGAACCUGUAACAUCACUGAUGGGACCUGUGAUUGCAUCGACGGAAUGUGCGGAGAUGUAUGUCACCUACCAUGUGGAUCUACAGUUAAACCAGAUGGGCCUGUGUCAAUGGCUUCAAGUGGAACACUGACCAUAGCAGUUUCAAGUCUGUUUUUCCUUGUCGCAGCACUAAUGUGUUUUCAGUGUCGACACGCCUUUAAAAAACUCUUCAUCAACAGGCAUGGAGAUUCGGGGACGAACGAAAAUCUGCAGGAGGGAGAUAAUACACAACAGGACGUACAUCUCAACGAGGGACAUAGAUACUAUUAUAUCGACGAUUCUGACUUAGACAACAAUUGUCGGCAAGAUCAACAAGAAGUUUCUGAUGGUAUACAGUUCGACAAUAACAUCAACGUUUUACAGAGAAACGACCCAGAAGACAACCCGGUGUGUAGUCAUGACGGCUAUGCAGAUUGCGUCUCACUUCCUGAUGAAACUGAACCAACCAAUGAUUUGCCGUCUGACAGUAUAGUCUGCGAUUCUGAUGGUGUGUUACAUUUCAUUGACAGGACUGAUACCAUCGCCAUUACUUACAUCACCCCGCAGCCUUCCGGUUGAAGUCAUUGGUGGGAAGAAAUGAAUAUGUAUGUCACAUUUGGCUCAUGCCUCAUUUGUGGAGUGAUUACUACCUAGCAUAGUUUCACAUGGAAUACGUUUUCUUAGAGGUGUUGUUUCCUUGAAUGUUACCCCCAGCUGUAUAUAUCAAUAUCGUGGGAACUUCCACGUUUCUCUUCCGCAUUUUGUCAACAUUUGAGGAUUACUUUCAAUAAAAAUCAUGCAAAGGCUU